CGCAGUGAGCGGUCCCUGUAGUUGUUGGUGGAACCGGAGAGAAAGGGUCUGUCCGUGGAUCCGGGAGUCGGGCCCCGCUGUGAGGAAAAGAAUUUAUAACUCUUGCUGAAACUGUUGUUGGAAGUGGCAAUAUCCAGGGACGUUUUAUGAGUCUCCACUGAACACCAUGGAAAAAAGGUGAAAAUUCUCAACCAAUAACGUAAGGGAAGGCCUACAUAGACUUUGGAUAUUUGUAACAUGAAGCCAAUUUAAUGGAGCAAGGGGAUAAAUGGGAUCCACAGAGACAGACUGCCUUGUAAUUUCUUCAUUGGCAGAUGUAGAAUACAUUUCUGAAUUGGCUGUAGAUUAGAACACUUCGGCCAAAUCAGUGACUUUUCCUCAUGGCCCACAGCAGCACCCUAGCAGUUCCGUUAUUAUUCUUGGCAUUGAAGAUCUUCAGAUGUGGAGCUGAAGAAGUAUCAUGUUGUUAUCAAGCAAGAGAGUAUCCAAUUUGCAGAGACGCUUGUGAUCAGCUAACGUCCACAAAAAGUGAGUCUCGGCUGAAACACCUUCUGCAGCGAUUACCUGGUUAUUGUCCAGAGUCUCUGCUUGAAUUCUGGGUUUGUAUUAACUCUUCUUUGCCUGGAGCAUCAAAGAAAACUGAAGGCUGGGUUGGCUUAGGGUGUUGUGAGUUGGCCAUUGCUGGAGAAUGUCGACGUGCAUGUAAGCAGGCUUCUUCAAAGAAUGAUCUUAAGAGCUGUAGAAAGGAAUUUGAGACUGCUUUUUACAGCUGUGUGAACAGAAAUGAGAAGGGAUCCCUGUGUUGCAGCUAUGCAGGACGACACACAAACUGUAGAGAAUAUUGCCAAGCUAUUUUCCGUACAGAUUCUUCUCCCACACAGUCACAGAUUAAAGCUGUAGAAAACUAUUGUGCCUCCAUCAGCCCACAGCUUAUUCAAUGUGUUGACAACUAUACUCGUUCAUAUCCAAUGAAAAAUCCCAUUGAUAGUUUAUAUUGCUGUGACAGAGCAGAAGACCCAGCUUGUCAGACAACAUGUCAACGAGUGCUGAUGACAAAAUCAACAGAUCAAGAAAUUGUUGACGGACUUAUUGAAGGGUGUAAGAAAAUGCCUCUGCCUCAGGAUCCACUCUGGCAGUGUUUUCUAGAAAGCUCUGGAUCAAGUAACCCAGAUAAUAGUACAAAUGGGCUGCCUGCUACAGCUGUUGAUGGUGCUAAGUUACACUGUUGUUCCAAAGCAAACACUUCUAUCUGCAGGGACCUCUGUAUUAAGUUAUACAGCAGCAGGUGGAGAGGCACAACUCACUGGCAAGAAUUUGAUAGGGUCUGUGAAUAUAAUCCUCUGGAAGCAGCUAUGUUUACAUGCUUGGCUGAUGUCAGAGAACCAUGUCAACUGGGUUGUCAAGGUCUCAAGUACUGCACUAAUUUUAACAACAGGCCCACAGAAUUAUUUCGCAGCUGCAAUACUCAGUCAGACCAAGGAGCCAAGAAUGACAUGAAACUUUGGGAGAAAGGGACCAUAAAGAUGCCUUUUAUGAACAUACCCGUGAAAAAUAUUAAAACCUGUCAACCAGAAAUGUGGAAAGCAGUUGCCUGUUUAUUACAAAUCAAACCAUGCCACAGCAAGUCUGGAGGAAGUAUAUGCAAGUCAGACUGUAUAGAAAUUCUUACAAAUUGUGGAGACCAUAGUAAAUUUCCAACAGAGCAGACUGCUGAAACUAUUUGUAAUCUCUUGUCCCCAAUUGAUGAUUUCAAGAAUUGCAUUCCACUCAGAAAGUAUCUUGCUCCAAGUCCUUUCCACAACAUUGUUGAGGAGGUCAUUCAUCCGUGUAACCCUAAUGUGUGUCCCAAUAACCAUGUGUGUGAGGUGAAUCGAAAAGGUUGCCAACCUGGGCAAGACUGUCUUCCCUACUUGUGUGUCCCAGGAUGCAAGUUGGGAGAGGCUUCUGAUUUCCUUGUCCGUCAGGGCACCCUAAUUCAGCUUCCUGUGGCAAAUGGAGAAAUGGGUUGUUACAGAGUGUGCACUUGUGGCCCAAGUGGACGCUUGGAAAAUUGUCUGGAGAUGCCUUGUAUUGAUGUGCAGAAAACCUGCAUUGUAGGAGGCCAGAGGAAAAGUCAUGGAACAUCUUUUAAAGUGGACUGCAACAUAUGCUCAUGUUUUGCUGGGGAGCUAAUUUGUUCAAACCGUCAGUGUUUGAGUGAAUACAGUUCUCAAACAGAUCGGAGUAUGUUCACAGGUCUUCCCUGCAAUUGUGCUGACCAAUUUGUACCGGUUUGUGCUCACAAUGGACGUACAUACCCAAGUGCUUGUAUUGCACGAUGUGUUGGACUGCAAGACAAUCAAUUUGAAUUUGGACCUUGUAAAUCCAAAGAUCCAUGCAUUCCCAAUCCAUGUUCCAAAAGUCAAAGGUGUAUUCCAAAACCAAAGGUUUGUCUGACUAGCAUUGCCUUGCUUGAAUGUGAACAGUACGAGUGUAUCUCAAGAUCAAUGAGUUGUGAACUACUUCCAAUUGAACCUGUUUGUGAUACAGAAAAUGUGGAACAUGCCAAUCAAUGUGCCUUGUACCAAAGAUCGAAAACAUUGUCCUACGUGGGCCCGUGUCAGGAUAUAUGUAGGCAGCAGUCAGUCUGUGGUCAUAAUGGUGAGACCUAUGAUAAUCUAUGUGCUGCCUACUCCGAUCGUGUGGCAGUGGACUAUAUUGGACGUUGCCAAGCUGUAGGCAUUCUUCCCAGUAACACUUCUCACCCGGAGUGCUCAUCUGUCACAUGUUCACCGCUCCCCAAAAAUGGAUGCAAGCCUGUUACUCCACCCGGAGCCUGUUGCCCACUGUGUGCUGGAAUGCUACGUGUAUUAUGGAGCAAAGAUCAGUUGGACAGCCUUGCAAAGUUAAAUGGGGGAAGACCAGUGUCUGUACACGACAUCAUUUAUAUUUUGCGUUUCCACGUUUCAGUACCUCAGUGUGAUGUUUUUGGCUACCUAAGUAUAGAAUCUGACCUCGUGAUCCUCAUCAUUCCAGUCGAUCAAGAUCCAACAACAUUACAGAUUGAGGCUUGCAAUAAAGAGGCUGAGAAGAUAGACUCUCUCAUACAAUCUGGUAGUCCAACUUUAAUGGCCCAUGUACCUCUGUCAGCACUUACCACCUCACAGAUGCAACUUUCAUUAAUGGAUUCAUCUGACUCUGCAAAGACAAUCCUCUCCUCAGCUGCACUUUUACUAAGCCUAGUUGUUGCUUUGUCAGGAUUUUUAUGAUUCAGAAAGAUAUUGCAUUUUUUAAAAUCAGGACAAGUCUGUAUUUAACAUGCUAUUGUGGAAUGCAUGCUUAAUGGCUGAACUACAACACCCUACAUAGUAAAUAUAGAGCAAGAUAAGCCAAUGAGUUAUACAAAAUUUCAACUUUGGCAUCUUCUAAAUGCAAGUAGAAUUCAAAAUAUAUCUUUAUACAGGCCUUUUUUGAAGGGCUUGGUUUAUUUUAUUUAAAAUGAUUGCAGUUUAAAUUAGUCAGUUAGCUAUCAUGCAUUUAUUUCUUGGAACUGUUCGAUAUAGUUUAUACCUUGAUAUGCAAAUUGACAUAAAAUAGGGAAUUGAUUGAAUUCAGUACUGCAAGAUUUGACAUGAUGCAAUUUCAAUCAAUAUUGCAUCAGUUUAAAUCAUGUAUUAAGUUUUUAAUCUAGAGCACAAGCGGGCCUUUUGACCCAACUGGUAUGCAUCAGUAUUUAAAUUCCACACAACUGAAAUAACUAAUAAUAUUUUUCCUGGAAUCAUUUCUUUUAACCUCCUCCAUUACACUUGUAGCAUUGAUCCAAAUUUAAGUCCCUCGUUUGAUUCUUCAUCUCUUACCACUUUUGCUUUGCAAUUUUUUCAAAAGUUUGAUCACAUUGGUUAGGUUACCUAAGCUGCCAUCUUUGCUGUAGUGUACAUAUUUCUAGUUAUCUUCUUAUCAUAUCUCUGAGAUAUCCUGCUCUCUCCAAUGUGAAAUUGACUUGUUACCAUUUUCUGCUUUCUUCUUUUCAUUUGUGUUUCCAUUUAUGUCAGCUACUUUGCCCUUAAUACUUUAGGUCUUAAAUUCUGCAACAUGUUUCGUAGUCCUUUACCAAAUUUUGUUCUGAAAUUCCGAAUUUCCUACAUCCAGUGCAACACUUGUCUAUAGGCAUAACAAUUUUUGGAAGAGUUUGGUUAUAUGUUUGAAACUUGAUCUACUCUUAAAUCUAUUGGCAAAUACGUUUCUAAUGCUCCUCCUGUUUAGAAUCUCUGGCAGUUUUUCGUCACUGAUGUGAGCCUAAUUGAGUUAUGACGAUAUCCCAAGACUUUAAGCACACUUCGAAUCUUGCAAGAAACUUUUUGAAUUACCUCUAUUAUUGCAGCUGUAUUCCGUUUAUUUUCUGAAGGGUCCCUCUCUAGGUCUGGAUAAUUAUUAAUUUAAACUAGAUCUGUUUAAUGCAAUUUACUUUCUACAUUUUAAUCGAUCCAAUGCUCCUUUAUCUGCUUCUUAGAAUUUCGUCAUUGCCUUCAUCUGUAGUUAUAGAGAUCAAAAACUUAAAGUAUAUAUAAUAAUGCUAAAAGAGAAAUAACUGGAAAAACUCAGCAGAUCUGAUGGCAUCUACCAGUUGUAAUAAAGGAUCUCCGGACCUGAAGCAUUAACUCUGCUUUCUGUCCACCAUGCUGCCAGACCUUCCUUGGCUGUUUGGCAAUUUUUGCUUUUGUUUAUGAUAUCCGGCAUCUGCAGUUCUUUGAUUUGUUGUAGUGAUGCUCUUUGUCCUUUACAUGUCCCAUUGUUUUGUUGACUUUUCUUUUGGAGCUCAAUCUGUUGAAUACUAGUCUUCUCUCUGUCAGGAGAAAGUGAGGACUGCAGAUGCUGGAGAUCAGAGCUGAAAAUAUGUUGCUGGAAAAGUGCAGCAGGU